AUGGAUUCGGAUCCCUUCGCGGUGUGGGACGAUCCUGCACCCGCAUCGAUCUCCACCACGGGCACUUCGACGACCAAGAUCGCGGAGACGAGCUCGGAUGAUCAGGCUAUCAAAGAGAAUGUCCGACUCUCGCUAGAAUACGAGGACGAGGAUCCGGGCUGGGGAGCGCCUUCUGGAUCAGCUUCAAGAGCAAACAGCCCCGAGAAGUCGAGGAAGCAGCCAUCCCUCUCGCGUACCCCAAGCGCCAUUCAGCAGGUCUCAGAGUCAGAAGCACCCGAGGAGACGACCACGUUGGCGUCUCAGAAUGGGGCGGACCGCGACGCUGUAGAUCAAUUGGAGGAGGACGCCCCGGUUGCCACAAUCGUAGCAACACAGGAGACAGACCCCGCAGAUGUCUCAGAAGCAGAGGGAACUCAAGCAGCUGUAGACGCGACACAUCCGGAUCCUGCGGCUAACGACGACGACAUGGACGCCUUCGAAGAAUCGCGGCAGGAGCAAGCCGAACACAUCGAAGAUGGCGUCUCGCCGGACGAAUUCGAUCAAAAGAUCACAAUUGCGGAAGCCCCUGUCGCUGCAGGCAAGGAUGAUGAUGGGUUCGAUGACUUCGACGAGCCAGCGGCGGCUCAGCAAGGUGCAAGUGCCAACGACGACUUUGGCGACUUCGAUGAUUUUGAGACGGGCGAUGCGCAGAACGAUGCCGACUUCGGCGAUGAUGACUUUGGCGAUGACUCUUUCGACCAGCCGGCGGACUCAAUAACACCAGUGGCCCCGACAGAGCCCACCCCAGCGCCGGCACCAGUAGCGGCGCGGACUUGGGCACCCCUUGAUGUCACCAGCAAGUCGAAUCGGAACGAUCUGGCGGACUCGGUCAAGUCAUUAUUCCCGCUUUCCGCAGCAGCAGAACAGCACCUCUCGAACGUCGGUCUCCGUCAAGUAGAAGGCCCGUCGCAGGUGCUGGUGAGCGGAGAGUCGCGCCAGCUGUGGAUCGAUCUCAAGUCGUUUCCUUCCAUGCAGCCCAUCGACUGGGUGCGAAGCAGGACUCGACGUGACUACCUCAUCUCCAUGGGAGUGCCCGUCAAUCUCGACGAGAUUCAUUCCUCCUUUGCAUCAGGCUCGGGCGGAUCACGCCAAAUGCCGACAUUGAAGCUCAAGUACGAGUCGCCAAACAAUCGCGCUUCGAGCUCGCUGGGCUCCAACGACUCGCUUCCGCAGAGAAGUUCGAGCUUGAAGCGGCCGGGCAACGGAACGCCGUCAUCAGCAGCAACAGCAGCUCAACGAUCAGCGUCAGCGACCAACAGCCCACGCAACGGCAACUCCAGCCCGGCGCUGGGGUCGAGCACGAACAAAGAACGCAUGGCAGAACGAAGGAUGCAGGAGCUAGGCCUCGGACCAGCACCGCAGGUGGAUCUGCGUCGAGCCCUAGAGCUGGUCAGCAAGACGGAGGAUCAGCUGACGCUGCUCUCGCUUCCUGCGCUUAAGUCGAUGCAGCGAGAGCUCAACACAUUGACAACGUCAGCAUCGAGCCUGUUGACGCACCACCUGACGCUACGGGAGAGCUACCAGGCCGACUCGGAGAUGUACAAUUCGAUGAUCAAGGAGCUGGUGACGGGCGCGGCGAGUCGGUUCAGCAGUGGCGGCGGAUCGAGUAGCGGCAGCAACUCGGUAGCAGGCGGGAGGGGGGAUAGUCGACGUUCCACGACGAUGGCAUCCAGCGGAUCAAAUGCGGGCAAAGCGAGGGUGGCAAGCUUGCCGGUGGGUGCAGCGGCGAUGCCAGGGAGUAGAUCGGCGAGUCCGUCUAUGAGAGGCGGGGCUGCGGCUAGUCCGAGGAGGUAA